AUGAAUACUCAACAGGAAAUCGGUAUGUUGUUUUACAUUGUAGUGCUUCAUUUAGCGUAGUUAAAUAAAUUUUUAAUUUCCGGCCAAAAGAUACGAAAACAUAGUUAAUUAGCUCCUCCUUACCUUUUUACCUUUCUAUUUUCUUUUUACCUAACUAUAGUUGCAGCUACUAUAUUACUCAUGAUGAAUUUCGCGUUAAAACCUCAUUUUUCAAAAAAAUUGUCAUGAAUGUUGCGACUUGAUCACACGACCCUUACGCACCUGUCUUUGGUCUAAAAAUAAACGGCCAUCUUCGGCGUUUCGAAAAAGUGAAAUGUCAACGACCUUCAGUUUAAUGUGAUCCCUCAACUUGACUUCCCUCACUCUUUGCCACAGGUCUUUAAUUUAAAUCUUUGUUUUAUUAUGUCAUUUUUAUGGUGGAACUGUGUUAUAUUUACUUUUCAACCAAGCGUUUUUAUAUAAAAAGUAUAAUUUUAACUUUUUCAAUUUCAAAAAUUUGUGAUUCGGUCAAAAUAUAAAGCGAAAAAAACUUUUAGACCAACAUAGUACUUUAAAAACAAACUCCAAAUCAAAUGAUUGACUUUAAAAUAUUUUUGGAGCAAGAGCAAGUUGUCAGUAACGCCAAUUCACAUUAGAAGACAUUAAAAUGCCAUAUACUUGGCCCAAUGUGUCUCCCGUCUCUCCCGCCUACACACUCUCUUUCCCUGUCAAAGAAAUGGAAUAUAUAUUAAGGAUGUCUAAUCUCCAGACAUCAGUCGUAAAACUAUUGUAAGGAAAGGUUUUUGUUGGUUCUGGACAUUGUUUUACAUUCCCAGAUCGAAAUUCAAAAAAAACCACCCAAAUUCCGUUUUAAAGGACAAAAUUGUUUGGAUUUGGCCACAAAUUCUCUCUUCCCCCCAAAAUUUGGCCAGAUAUUUCUUUUUUGCGUCGCUCUUACUUUUUUUGACUUUAUCAGCCCAAUUUUUUCAGAACAAUACUUGCGAGACCAUAUUUGUGAGGAGAUCAAAACGAGUGUAAGUCCACAAUUUCCAUUUUUUUAUUUUUGAACGUUUUCUUGAAGUUGGAAUAAUAUUUUUGGCCAUUUUGUUACCUAAAUUUUGAAGGAUGUGUUUUCCUCUUUCCACAGCUGUUUUCGAGCGUUUUAAUCAAAUUUUUAUGAAUAAAAUGGUUUUUUUAAAUUAUUGUUACCUAAAUUUUUCAAAAUUAGAAUAUCCGGUUUUCCAUUUUUUUUAAAUAUGAGGAAAUAUUUUCUCUUUCUCCCAACCAAAUUUUCGAAAUUUUUUAAAACAAAAAAAUGUUUGGCAAUUUUUCAAAAAGUGAAUUUCUUUGAAAUUUUAAUGUUUUCAACAGCUUCUUGUAUAGAUAACUUAGUUUUUAUCGCGAUUCGAUAAGUUUAUUGUAAUGUGAUUUUGUUAAGAUAACCAGAAAUCACAAAUUGUUCGUUUUUCAGGUCUUUGAUAUUGUUUUAGACUCGUUAACGAACGCGUCAAAAAGAAUUGGGCGCAUUUUAUAGGCGUUUUCUAUAUGAAACGCCUAAUUCUUUUUGACGCGAUCUGAUAAUUUCCAUUAGAUUUAUAAUGAUUUGCCAUAUUAAUGUCAACUUUACUAUCCUUUAAAUACAGUAUUGUUUUCAGGACCUUCCGAACGGGACGACUUCAGACUACUCGAGUGGAGCCGAGUCGGUCGAUAAUUACGUGUCGGAGCAGCUUCACAUUGACAUAAAGUCCUUCCAUCCGGCCGAUAUCUUGGCCAACACCAUCAGGACCCUCUCCUUGGACAGUCCCGUGUUUCAGAUGUCAGAGCCUUCAAAACCGGGUAACUUCAGAGUCUAUCGACUGGUGCUUACUGGAGGACCAUGCGGAGGAAAGACCACUGGUCAAGAACGAUUGGCCACGUUUUUUGAGAACGCCGGGUGGAAGGUGUUCACGGUGCCAGAGACGGCUACGGUGCUACUGGGAGGAGGAGUGAAGUUUGCUGAGCUAAAUGAUUCACAGAGUUUCGUAUUCCAGAAGGAUUUGUUGUCAACUUUGCUCAGGAUCGAACAGGUGUGUUUAUGUUCUGAUAUUGGUCUUUUGUGGCUAAUUUUCAUUUUAAAAUUCCUGAACUGUUUAUUUUGCCAAAACUGUGUUUAUGUUAUAAAAAAUACAAUACUGUAUCUUACAGGUGUUUUUCAACCAAGCCACGUUAGUAAAAGACAGGAAUGUCCUCAUAAUCUGUGACCGAGGGGCCAUGGAUCCCUCUGCGUACAUGCCAGCUGAAGGGUGGAACAAGAUCCUGAAUGAACUUGGUCUGUCACAAUUCGAAUUGAGAGAGAAUCGCUACAAUCAGAUCGUGCACAUGGUUACGGCUGCUGAUGGGGCCGAGAACUACUACACUUUGGCCAAUAAUGCGGCCAGAUCAGAAGGUAUCAAGCAGGCUCUAGAACAAGAUCGAGUUACUAGAAACGCCUGGGUCGGGCACCCUUAUGUUGAUAUAGUAGACAACUCGGGUGUGAAGAAGUUCGACGAUAAGAUUCUAAAGCUGAUUUCGGUGGUUUGUGAUCGAGUUGGCCUGGACUACCAGGAUCGGUUAGCCAAGAACAGUCGGAAAAGGAAAUGGCUAGUCAAGGCCUUUGACGAAUCCCGAUUCCCACGCUACGAGGAGUUUGAUGUUACACAUGACUAUUUAUUGGCUGACAAACCCAACAUCCAAGUCAGAAUCCGGACACGGUGUCAGAAUGGCAGAUCCACGUAUACGAUCACUACACGACAGUUUCUGGAGCCAGCUCCGGUCGAGACCAGGAUGCAGAUCACGGAAAGAGAGUAUCAGAGGUAUCUAACGAUGAAGGACACUUCCAGAGCGACACUACACAAGAAGCGACGGUGCUUCAACUUUGGGUCUCAAGUAAUUUUUUUACCGUAAAUGUUAAUACGCUAAUGAUAAGUUUGGUAGGCUUGAUAGUAUGGUACUAGUUCAGGAUAAAAGUUGUUUUAUAUUAUUCUCUACACAUUUUUUGACCAGCUUUACCACUUUUAAAAACUUAACUUUUUAUAUUAUCAGCGUUCAAGUUGAUCAAUUACUGAUAACAAAUGUGAUUACUCAUAAAAAAUGAUAUCUGUGUUGUCUAACUUGACAGAAGCCUAUUUCCAAGUUUAAAACCGGCACAACAUAAUAUAACACUUGCUAAAUUUAUUGUAAAAUUUCUGAAGCUAAACAAUAUAUUUCAGUAUUUCCACAUGGACAUCUACGUGAACCCCCUACCACCAGCCUGCAACGGAUCUCCAUUAAUCAUCCUCGAGACCUACACUAUCAAGCCUCCCGGCUCUCCAGAACCCGAGCUACCUGACUUCCUGGAGGUGGAGCGGGAAAUCACAAAAGACCCCAACUUCAGUAUGUACGAACUUUCGAAACAAACGCAGAAUGGAUGUGGGCAUAGCCAUUAG